ACCUUGACGAACACACUCUGCUCUCGACGCUGAACUCGAGUCAACGACACCAUGGAGGUCGCAUCCGCCGUCCGCCUGCCGUCGCCCGAGCCGGAGCUCGACGUCCAGGAACCGCCGCGCAAACGCGAUCGCUCGCCGUACGACGGGCCAAGCGCUGGGCCGUCGAAGCGGAGUAGAAGGGAGGAUGAGGGCAACAGGGAGAAUGGAAGAGGACGCGAUGAAGAUCCCCAGGAAAAUGGAGGAAUAGGCCCCCGCCCGCCUCCCAAGCCUACAACGAACGACCUCCCAGCAGACGACUCCCGCCUAAAUCUCUUUCGAAAUGCCUUUAGUGCGAGCCGCAAGCUCCCCAUCGAUGACUCGAAGACGCGCGCAGGCGGCACCUACAUACCUCCGGCGCGUCUGCGCGAGAUGCAGAAGCAAAUCACGGACAAGAAGUCGGCAGAGUUUCAGCGCAUGGCGUGGGAGGCGCUGAAGAAGUCGAUUCAGGGUUUGAUCAACAAGACGAACACGGCAAACAUCAAGAUGAUUGUUCCGGAGCUGUUCAGUGAGAACCUGAUCCGUGGACGAGGACUGUUCUGCCGGGCCAUGAUGAAAGCGCAGGCUGCGAGUUUGCCGUUCACGCCCAUCUACGGGGCCAUGGUUGCCAUUGUCAACACAAAGCUGCCACAGGUGGGAGAUUUGCUGGUACGAAGACUCAUCGUGCAGUUCCGGAAGAGCUUCAGGAGAAACGACAAAGCUGUGUGUCUCUCGAGUACCACGUUCUUGUCGCAUUUGGUGAACACUCAGGUGGUGCACGAGGUUUUGAUUGCCGAGAUCCUGCUGCUCCUUCUCAACAAGCCCUCCGACGACUCAGUGGAGAUUGCUGUAGGCAUCAUGAAAGAAGUCGGCGCUUUCCUAGACGAGAUGAAUCCUGCGAUUGCAAAUGCCAUCUUCGACCAGAUGCGCAACAUCCUCCACGAGGCGGAUAUCGAUAAGCGGACACAAUACAUGAUUGAGGUACUUUUUGAGGUCAGGCGGACAAAGUACAAGGAGCAUCCUACCAUCAAAGAAGAUCUAGACCUGGUGGAAGAGGAGGAUCAAAUUACACACAGACACACACUAGAGGAUGAGCUCAAGGUCGAGGACGGACUCAACAUCUUCAAGCUCGACGCUGAUUACGAGGAGCAUGAGGCUGAGUACCAGAAGAUCAAGGCAGAGAUCCUAGGAGAAGCGGAGGGAAGUGAUGAUGAGGAUGGCACAGAUGCGUCGUCUGAGGACGAGGAUGACGAAGAGGACAAGGCUAUGGAUAUCAAGGAUCAGACUAACGCGGACCUCGUCAGCCUACGCCGAUCCAUCUACUUGACAAUCAAGAGCAGCGGAGGCUUUGAAGAAUGUUGUCACAAGCUUAUGCGCAUCAACCUCCCACAAGGCCUCGAGAGCGAGUUGACAACCAUGAUUGUCGAGUGCGCCAGCCAGGAGCGCACCUACGAGAAGUUUUAUGGCAUGAUCGGCGAACGUUUCUGCAAGCUCAACCGCAUGUGGACCGAUUUGUUCGAGGAAGGCUUCGCGCACUACUAUGAGACAAUUCACCGCUUCGAGACGAACCGACUUCGCAUCAUUGCGCAGUUCUUUGCUCACUUGCUAGCCUCGGACGGCGUUGGCUGGCACGUCUUCACGGUUAUCAAGCUCAACGAAGAAGAUACUACGUCCAGCUCCCGUAUCUUCAUCAAGAUCUUGUUCGAAGAGCUCCUUGCCUCUCUCGGCCAGAAGGCUGUGGUACAGCGCUUCAAGGACCCCAUGCUGCAGGAAAGCCUUACUGGUAUAUUCCCAACCGAUGCAGACGACCAGUCCAAAACUCGCUUCUCUAUCAACUUCUUCACUGCCAUCGGAAUGGGUGUACUAACAGAGGGCAUGCGCGAGUGGCUCAAGAACGCUGCGCCGAAGCCAAAAGCGCUUCCGGAGCCAGAGAGCGAUUCAGACGAUUCGCGAAGUGUUUCGAGCAGGUCGAGUUCUUCGUAUUCGCGUUCUCGAUCACGGUCACGGAGCCCUGUGCGCAAGAGGCGAGACUCGAGGUCUAGCUCAAGAGGCCGCUCCUACACUCGCACCCCGUCACCCGCUCGAAAGCGCGGCGCGCGUGGCCGCAGUGACUCGUACAGCUCUGCAUCUCGCUCUCGCUCACGCUCACGCUCCCCAGCGCCCCGUAAGAUCAAAAGAAACUACUCAUCAAGCCGUUCACGCUCUCCUCCAAAACGCCGCGGCCGCAGUCCCUCUGAUUCGCGAUCCCGUUCUCCGCCUCCCAAGUCCAAACGCCGAGGUCGCAGUCCUUCAGACUCUCUGUCCCGCUCUCCACCACCACGUCGCCGGAAAUACUCUACUAGUCCGUCGCGAUCGCCUUCACCGCCACCAAGACGGAGGAGAGACUCGAGCAGUCCGCCGCCGAAGAGUAAGGGCAAGGGUAAGGAGGAGAGCGUGAGUCCGGUGCCGGAGAAGAAGAGACGAUAUAGUAGUUCCGUGUCAAGAUCGCCGCCACCGAGGCGGAGGAGGGACUCUUAGUUUUCAGUUUGAACUUUGUUUUGGACAGCAUGCGACCGCUGUGUAUAUGUAUUGCUUAGGAAUUUGCGCAUUUUCGCGGCAGGGACAAGAGCGAGGGUUUACGAAUAGGUUGAAUCGGACUUGUAUCGAUAGUAUUGAGUGCAAAAUUGAGCGCAGCUGGGAAGGUUUAGUCAUUCAAAUGGACAUGCGAAUAUGGGCAUAGCGAGAUGGUCUUCGAUUCAUGCAUCUUAGUCACAAACGUUCCGGAAAGGAAUUCAAUAUAGUAUCAUUCCACCUCCAC